AUGUCCUACGACACUCCCCUAACCCCGCAAGGCCGCGAACUCUCCACACUGCCCGUCCGCGAACAACUCCGGCGUGGCUUCAAAGACAUGGGCAGCCGCUCCUACAGCUCCGCGAGAAACUUUGCCGUCGUCGGCGCCAUCUUCAGCGGGACGGAGUGCUGCAUUGAAGGGCUGCGAGCGAAGAACGAUCUGGCGAACGGGGUUGCGGCGGGUUGUAUUACCGGCGGGGUGCUGGGGGCGAAGGCGGGGCCGCAGGCGGCAAUGCUGGGGUGUGCUGGGUUUGCAGCGUUUAGUGCGGCGAUUGAUGCGUGGAUGAGGCAGCCGUCGGAUUAG